AUGAAAACUAAUGGCCUGUGGUUUACAAGCUGCUUUGGGGAAGGGGUGUGUGUGGAACAGCUUGAAAGAGGCCGUGCGAGGUCCCGGCAUGGGUUGGGGCUGCCACACAUCACUGCCCUCCACCGCCGGCUGCUGAGUCCGGUCCUGCUGCAGCCCCAUUUCAUCAAGGCUGACUCCCUGCUGCUGACGGCCGUCAAGACGGAUGCUGGCAGUGCCAAGACCUCCAGCAUCGCCUCCCUGGCCACCAGUGCCAGCAGCUCUGCCACCCCGCUGCAGGCACUGGUGAGUGGAGGGACCAUCCUGGCAACGGUGCCGCUGGUGGUGGAUGCCGAGAAGCUGCCCAUCAACCGGUUGGCACCCAGCGGGAAGCCGGCGCUGGUGCAGAACAGGGGGGAGAAGCGCACGGCACACAACGCCAUCGAGAAACGCUACCGCUCCUCCAUCAACGACAAGAUUGUGGAGCUCAAGGACCUGGUGGUGGGCACCGAGGCCAAG